GUAGCAAUUAGCCCAAAACUGGACCGAAUCGUCAGCCGUGCGUGCCAGGGAACACUAACACGCCAUGAAAAAACUGGCAGAGCUCAUGCUCAUCCUAGGUGGAGCUUUGCGCGUGUGCCAUGUGUUGCUGGUGGUGCUGCCGCCGCUGCCUGGAGUGCAUCCAUAACAUCGUCCCUCCCCUCAGCCUUCCCUUCCUCCGCUUCUCCGGCCUAGCUCUCCCAGGUGGAGGUGGAGCGGCGGCGGCGGCUUCUCCACCUGUAGUCUCCAUGGCGUCCAUCUCGGUCCCCAGCCGGGCCCCUUCUGCAGCCGAAGACGCCGAGAACAUUAGGAAAGCAGUGCAAGGAUGGGGCACGGACGAGAAGGCGCUGAUCGAGAUACUGGGCCACCGGACGGCGGCGCAGCGCGCAGAGAUCGCCGUGGCCUACGAGGGCCUCUACAACGAACCCAUCAUCGACAGACUCCACUCCGAGCUCUCCGGCGACUUCCGGAGCGCGAUGAUGCUGUGGACGGUGGACCCGGCGGCGCGUGACGCCAAGCUCGCCCACAAGGCCAUGAAGAAGCAGGGCGAGCGGUACGUGUGGGUGCUGAUCGAGGUCGCCUGCGCGUCCGCGCCGGACCACCUCGUCGCCGUCAGGAAGGCCUACCGCGAGGCCUACUCCGCCUCCCUGGAGGAGGACGUCGCCGCGUGCCCGCUCUACAAGGACCCGCUCCUCAAGCAGUUCUUGGUGCGGCUCGUGAGCUCGUACCGGUACUCCGGCGAGCUCGUCGAUGACGAGCUGGCGAGGGCGGAGGCCGCGGAGCUGCACGACGCGGUGGUGGCCCGGAAGCAGCCGCUGCACGGCGACGUCGUGCGCGUCGUCAGCUCCCGGAGCAAGGCGCAGCUGAAGGCGACGUUCGAGCGGUACAGGCUGGACCACGGCAAGGCCGUCGACGAGGUCCUCGAGGAACGCCGCAGCGACCAGCUCGCGGCGGUGCUCAAGACAGCGGUGUGGUGCUUGACGUCCCCGGAGAAGCACUUCGCGGAGGUCAUCCGGAGCUCCAUCGUCGGGCUUGGUACGGACGAGGAGUCCCUGACGAGGGCGAUCGUCUCGCGCGCCGAGAUCGACAUGAAGAAGGUGAAGGAGGAGUACAGGGCCAGGUACCGCACGACGGUGACCAGCGACGUCAACGGAGACACUUCCGGAUACUACAAUGUCAUCUUGCUCACUCUGGUCGGCCCUGAGUGAAUGACCAUGGAUGGACGAUGGAUCCAUAUAGGUUGAAGACAUUGUUUGCGACUUGUAGUUUGCUUGAACAAGAUCACACUCGUUUUUGUUUGAUUGAACGAAACGGCACUAGUGUUGUUUGUUCACAUAUGUGUACAGAACUGCUGAGUGAAAUGGUGAUAUUUGUGGUGAUCCAUUUGGUGAAAAUAAAACGCCAGAUCGAUGGG